CCUUAAAAAAAAAAGAAAUCUCUCCUCCCUUGCUCUUCCUUCCCCGGCGGCGGCGGCGACUGGGCGAGCGGCGGCGCCAUUUGUCCUGUCUUCGCCCAGGCCUUUGCCGGCGACGAGCGCAUCCUCCAGGAUUUUUCGACCACAUGCGUCCUUCUGGAUUUGUCUAGUUUACCCUUCUUUCAGACUGGCAGAUAUCAAGAGACCAUACACAUCUCGCACCUCUAAGUGGGUGUGGGCCUGCAACAAUUCCUUCACAAGUCUAUCUUUGCCUUUGGGAGUAAGCCCAACUUACAUCUGGAGACUGCGCCGAGCCUUGGAAGGUCUUUUUGUUGAUUACGGCUAAUUUCCAACGGCAGCUGAGAUGUAACAAAUUUGCUGGGCUGAGUUCUCUACAAAACCUCCUGUGAUUCAGCAAUGUGAUUGGUUUCAUAGUGUUUUUAGUGUCUUGGUGAUUAAAGCAAUCUGGUGUAAGCUCAGUUCAGAUCAGAGUUGAUUUCUUAUGGUUAGGUUCUUUUGCUUUUCAUCCUCUACCACACAACACAGAUCCAAGGAGGGUUUUCCCCCAGCAGAUGAAGCCAUGCAUGCCAUGGUUCACCUUAUCACCGAUAGAUUUCCGAUAAUUCCGAUAUUUCUGUUUUACCGGUAAACCCUGAUGCAUGCCGCUUCAAGGAAGGAUUCUCGGGAACAAAUGGUGAAGUCCAUGACUGGGUCAGCUAGUCCAAACCAGAUGACAGAUGAAAAUAAUCGCUCAGCUGUGAGCGGGCAUUACGGCACUAGCCCAUCAUCUCAUCAAGAAUGCUGCAGGUCAGAAAAUUUGAAUAGAUAUGCAUGCUCUGAUGAGGGCAAGGAGGUUGGGCACCUAAAGAAGAGCCAGUCUCUUGGAAACAUUCUUCAAAAGGAUCGUGAUCAUAAUUGUAGCGAAGGUACUGAGUGUGAUUUUACAGAUCAUGAACACAAAUGCCACCACUCUAGUUUCAAGAGCAGUGCAGUUGUUGGAGAAUCUAGUAAGGUGUGCAGCCCGAAAAAUGAAGAUGCUUUUGAUGCCUCAUCUGACCUUAUCAGCCAUGACUUCUGUGAAACUUUUGACUCCGAUAGCCGUCAUCAGAUAUCUUAUGCCCAAAGCAAAUUCCCAAGAUCACAAUCUGCCAUAUUCCAGAACGAUACCACCAGUGAUCAAGAGGGUUCUGUAGAUUCUGGGAUACUAGGGUCUCGUUGCCGAUCUGUCGAGGGUUUAUGUUCAUUAAUUGACGAGAAGGUUGACUACCUGAGUGCUGGUGAAAUGCACCGAUGUACAUCGAAUUUGGAUGUGUAUUGUGCACCGUCUUCUCCAGAUGCAUAUCAGACACUAAACAUUGAAGCUAAUGGCUCAGUUGAUUGCUCUGAUGCUGCUGAAGGAGGUCAACGGUCCACCGGGAGCACAGAAGAUAAUUUUAUCAGGGAUGGGAUUCUUGUAGGUCAUGAAUACUGGGAUGGCAAAUACAUUUGUGGUGACCGCUCGGUGGAUCCAGUUGCCCCUUUCUGCGCUGAUUCAGGGCAUGCUUUUCACCACUCUGGAAAUGAUGGUGGCCUUCGUGAAGCUAUGGAUAAAGAGAGAGAAGAUAAGCUUUGGAACAGAGAUAGCACACACCACCAAUCACUUGUUGAAGUGCCUGACUCGGUGGACAUUUCUGAUACAAAGGACAUCAGUGGAGAAGCUGAUCACAAUAAAACUGAUAUUGAUGGGGACCCAAAUGAACUUACUCCAAGAACCUAUAACAUUAAAAGAAUUGAGGAUUGGAUCAACCAAAUUGAUAUGGAUGACAUCGCUGUGGAUGAGCAAGGAGAAAGUUCAAUUUCUGCUUCGACUGAAUUUCGUGAGCCAACAGCUGGUGUUCCUGCUGUGCGGCCUGAUGCUAAAAGUCCACUUGGUAUGGAGAUAGCCUACACUUAUAUUUCAAAAUUAACUCCUGCUUCAUCGUCGGCACAGUUGGCAAACCUUGGUUUGGUUGCAAUACCAAGACUGAGUGCAUUCUCAGGCUUACGCUUAUUGAACUUAUCAGGGAACUCAAUCGUGCGAGUAACUGCAGGAGCUCUUCCAAAAGGCCUGCACAUGCUAAGCCUGUCGAAGAAUAACAUCUCAACUAUUGAAGGCCUCAGAGAAUUGACACGAUUGCGCUUGCUGGAUAUCAGUUAUAAUAGGAUAUCUAGAAUUGGCCAUGGAUUGGCCUCCUGUUCCUCGUUAAAGGAGUUAUAUCUGGCUGGUAACAAGAUCAGUGAGGUAGAUGGUCUUCACCGCCUUCUGAAGCUUAAGGUUCUGGACUUGCGCCACAACAAGAUUUCUACAUCGAAGGGCCUUGGGCAGUUAGCUGCGAAUUACAAUUCUUUAGAAGCCAUUAACCUUGAUGGCAACCCUGCACAGAAGAAUGUAGGUGAUGAGCACCUGAAGAAAUACCUGCUCGGUCUCCUGCCAAACCUUGGGGUGUACAACAAGCACCCUAUUAGAGCAACUGGUUCAAAAGAUGUCUCAGACCGUCAUAGCCGCAAGAUCUCUUCCUCACACCGUGCUGACCGCGGUGGCAGAUCGGAUCGCAAAUCUUCCAGGAUGGUGGGUGCGUCAUCUUCUCACAAGUCACAGAGCUCACGGCAUGCCCGCUCUGGAAAUGCCACCUCAGGUUCUAUGCUGAAGCACUCAAGGACCCGGAACUUGCCCAUGACUUUGCUUGGGUCAAGACCAACCGAACAUGUGAGGUCCAUGGAUGCGGUGAAGCAGACUCAAAUAAAUGGAGACACACAAUAAGAUCAGCCAAGCACAAGUAUCCUAUCAUUGCUGUGCAUGAAGGAGCAAACAAGACACCAGUUUUUGCGGAUCAUUUUAUUUUUGGUAUCAUGAAUAAGGCUCGGAACAAUAAGCAGAGCAGCUUUCAUACCAGUUCACGUGUUUUGGAUUCAUCAGUGCUUUUGAUGUCAAAUACGAAUAUUGUACAAUGCAUCAAUUUUGGUGUUCAUUUUUUCCCUUAUUACGAAUAAAGCUUGAAACAAUAAGACUAGCAUUUCUUUCAUGUCAUAAUAUGUUCUGUAACAUAAAAUGGUAUACUGUAUGCCAGAAGAAAUGAAAUCCUGCAUACGUAUUUGAUUGAUGA